ACAGCAGGGAGCUAUAUGAACUCAGAGAGGAGAGAGGAUCAGAGAGAUAAACCACUUUGCAACGGCAGAGGGCGUUUUGUGUUUCUAACGCGUUGGUCACGUCUGCGAGUUAUCCGAUCGGGGAACAAAAUGUCUCUUGUUGAAUCUCGUGUUACAGAGGUCGAAAGACCUGCUGACAAACCAGUUGAUCGUGAAAAGUGCUGUCCUUUAUUGUUACGUGUUUUCUGUAACAGUGGUCGUCAUCAUCGGGUGGAUGAUUUUAGCAGAGGUUUAGUGCCAUCAAAUGAACUUCAAAUUUACACAUGGAUGGAUGCCACAUUGAAAGAACUCUCCAGCUUGGUAAAAGAAGUCAACCCAGAGGCACGCAAAAGAGGGACAUACUUUGAUUUUGCCAUUGUUUCACCAGACACCAGGCGUCCAGUCUAUCGGUUACGAGAGAUCGGUGUCACAUGCUCUGGACGCAAGGGGCCAGAUGAUAAUUACACCCUUGCUCAAAAGAACUUUGUAAUUGGAGAUUAUAUUGAUAUUGCUGUCAGUACGCCUCCAAGAGGGGGUGUUGGUGGUGGUGGAGGACCACCCAGGCGUGAUCAAUGGGGGCGAUGAACUGAAAAAGAUGUAUAAAAGGUUAACCUAGAAUGCUAAUCAAAGCAAUAGAUACUCCUAAGUCUGGGUUUUACCUCAUCUUGCCUUCAAAAUUACCAUUCCAAAUUUACAUAAGGGUCUAAUGAAAAGGUACAAAAGCACUACAAAGGAUUUAUUUGGCUUGUUGAUUUAAUAAAAAAAAUUUGCUCAAGAAAUGCCAACAACAGAUUAAUAGCUGCUUUUGCCAGUCAUAGCAGGCAUUGUGUGAUUUUGAGAGUUAUUUAUUUCCAUCUCCCUUUGUUUAGCACUUGGUAUGUUUUUAUAAGAGUUAUGCAAUUGAACAAAUAUAUUGCUGAAGUAUACUGUAAAAGCCAAGUACUGUAAUGUUUCUCUCUGUAAGAUUUGUACCCAUUGAAGGCAAGAUUUCAGCACACCUAAUCAUCCAUUUAACAGGAUAAACAAUUACAAAUUUUUAUAGAAAGAAGACAAAUAAAAUCAACUAGUAGUAAACAGACCUUUAUUUUGUGAUUCUUAUCUAGGCCGACAAAUGUUGACUUUCAUUUCUUAAUCAACUGUCCAUAUUAUUGCUUUAACCCUCACACUAAAAUUAAUCAUGUGCAUCAUUUGUCUAGUUUUUGAAUUUGUUGUAUGUAAUUUUGAGUGGAAUAAACAUUUUUACAAUUUUAA